ACUAACAAGGGGGACGGUUCACGGGAAGCUUCCUGGAGGAGGUGGCCCCUGAGCCCAGCCUUGAAGGAUAGCUGUGACUCUGAGAGUGAAAGGGCGCGCAGGGAGAGGGGGCAUUCCACACACAGGAGACAAGUGGCUUGGAAAAACUCCCAGGGAUCAGCUGGAGAUGCGCAUGGGGCGGCGCAUAGUCCCGGCCUCGGCUGGAUGCGGACGGAUGGUCCCGCAGACACCUCGGGGGCUGCCGGCCCGAGGCUCCCAGGAGCAUGCGCACAAGCCGCCUCGGGCCUCCGCACCGGGUUUCCCAGAAGCCCUUGCGGCCCGGGCGGCGGGAGGGAGCGCGGCCCACGCGGGACUUCCUUUCGCUUGGUUCUUUAGUCCUGGCGCCCUUAGCGUCCGUCUGGGAUCCGCUCAGGCCCCUGUUCAGCGCCGCCACAGAGGCCCGGCAGCGGACACCCCGCUGCUGAGAAAGGGCUGACGGCUGAGGAGUCUCAAUUUCCCCAGAGGUGAAAGCAUUGAGCAAAGCCAUGGCCCUUGUCCUUCUCCCUCCCGUGGCUCACCAGGCAUUGGUGACCUUCAAGGAUGUGGCUGUGGACUUCACCCAGGAGGAGUGGGGACGUCUGUGCCCUUCCCAGAAGGAGCUGUACAGGGACGUGAUGCUGGAGAACUACAGGAACCUGGUCUGGCUGGGUCAGAGAUUCUCUCCCAAAGUCCCAGGGCAGCUGCCUGCAGACACGAAACGUUCUGUCCUCUUAGGGACUUGCAGUUUCCAAACCAGAUGUGAUUUACCAGUUGGAGCAGGUGGAAGGCCCUUGGGUGCCUGAGGGAGAGGCCCCCGCAGUCAGCUGUCCAGAUUUUGAGACUAGACUUGACACCAAGCUGACCCCUCCAGAGCUGGACAUUUCUGUGGAAGUAUCAUCCCAGGAAAAAUUCUCAAG